GGAAAUUGAGGAUUUUUCCCUUUUUUCAUUACCACGAAUCCGCGGAAAUUGGCCCUCGGGAAUAUAGUUGCGACGCGUGUACAGGGAUAUUUCAAGAGAUAUGAUUUAGGACGUUUGAGAAAGGAAAAUUUGCUGAUCAUCAAUCAAGCCCUCCCUCCCGUGAGCAUAACAAUUAUCGAAUUCUCUCUUCGCCUUCCGGAGUCUCGCCGUCCCAUCCCCUGCACGAGAAUGGCCAAGAUUGCGAAAAUGUCAGAUAGAAAGAUUUCGAUCUGACGAAUUACGGAGAAUCUCAAACCUCCGAGAAUCCCUUGUGCUUUUGUUAAUAAAACAGAAGGAGAAAUGAAGAAGAACGAAAAGAAAUUGAAGGGAGGAAGGGAAGCGUUGGUACAGAGGGCGAUAAAGCAAUUUGGACGAUGAGGCAAAACGAGAAUUAAUGCUUCCUUUCGACGAGCUUUCUUGCUGAAAUGCACACUCGACGCGAUACAUACAUCGCGUGUACGUCUAUCUCUGUCUCAAAAUCUUUCGUUUAACCGUCAACUUGACAUGUUCCUCGCUCUCUAUAUACAUACGUGUAUUUUUUUUCGUGAUAUAUAAACUGCCAAAAAAAUAUGAACGCAGGUAUAUAAAGAGAAGUUUUUUUCAGUAAAACAUACAUCGCACGAAAAAGUUCGUGCGCGGCGCUUGUGCUGCUCGUCAAUCAAGAAAAACGCCCUUCUUUCUUCCCAGAGCUUCUUCUCUUUGCUCAUAGAUUUACGUGAGAGUUUUCUCGAGGGCAAGAGCUUCUUUCUCGACGGACAAAAAACGCAACAAAAAUGGCGAAACGUCUGAGGGCCGGGAAUGGGAAGGAAAAUUGUGUUUAUCUCGUCUACGCCUUUCCCUUUUUACCUAUCGCGGAGAAAUCUGUAUUCAAAAAAGUUCUUUUGAGCGUAUACUUUACGAGAGAUCCGUUUUCCUUGGCGUAUGGAUUUCUCUUCGGUAACGACGCGUCGCGUGUGUGUGUUGAGAACGAGGCGAAAAGUCUCGCAGGCUUAAUUUACUUUUCUUCGCAUUUCUAUACGCGAAAAUUCCACUAUUUUUAUCUAAAACUGUAUUAAAUUUCACCUUAUUUUCGGGCAAUCCCUGCGAGAAGUAAUUACCAUUUUUUUUUUCAACGACUCGCAGCUUUUCAUUAAUAUUCGAAGAAAGCGAGAACGCGGAGCGAGAGUAUUUGAGUUUAUUCAGCGCAGUAGAUCAAGAGGUGUAAUAUUUUCGUAAAUCUCGACGAGCGUGCGCGCGAUCUUUCCAUUAUUUUCAAGUGAAACUUCGUACUCCGUUUCACCAGCUCUUUCGUGGCCUGAACCGUGUUAGGAGUAACUUUUAACCACGGCCAAACGAACGAUCAAGAGAGCUAGAGAGAGAGAGAGAGGGAAAAAGGAGCAGGGCACGGAGAGAGGAGAAAUUUCAAUAAUUACGCCCGCCAGGGCGAACUACCAAGUUUCGUUCUUCCCGCGAAAACUUCGACCUUCAUUCCUGCACCCGCGAGAGGGAAAGAGACACCAUAAAAAAUCGCGAGAAAGGGAGACCGAGAGCGAGAGAGUGAGAGAGCGAAGGAAGAAAAAUCCUUUUUAUUGUAUCCUCGUUCUUCUCGGCCAAUAUAAUACAAACCAACUUGCCGUUUCUUCGGUUCAGUACGAAAAUCUUGGCUGAACUUUAUCGCGUGCUCGGGGUAGUAACUUCUGAAAUCUCUCCGGUGUAAAUUUCGCGGCCGAGAAAUGACAGAAAAAAACGUCUCGUUUGAAUGAAAUUAGAGCUCGAAGGAAGCCAGAGAAAAAGAUCUUUAAUGAUCGCUGAUGGAAUUCUUUAAUGAUCGCUAGAGGAAGUAUCCGCAGUAAAACGAGCUCCUGCUGGAACGAUGAGUUACGAUCGAAGCUAAAUAUUGAAGCGCGGUCGUGAUGAGCGAAGAUCUGGAGGCUCCUUUGGACAACCGGAGACUGGAAGUUGAGAGACUGAUCCACGAGAUGAGAAGUCUCGUAAAGAACAUUUGCGAGAGCUGAUUGACGAGGAAAUAGGGAGAGAAAAAUUGUGAUUUUCGAAUAUCGAAGGAACAUUCGUGCGAUGGUGGAAAGAACGACGUAGCCUGAUCGCCAGGCUCGAGGAGGAUCGUCAAAGGAUACUCGAGGGGGAGAGGCUGAAAAGAUUUGAAAUCGUGCAUUUUUUUCAGAAACAACAUUUGAAGGAAUAUCAAAUUGUUUAGUGAGAAAAAUCGGUCGAAAAGGGAUUGUAAAAAUGUGGAAUAGGAUCCGGUGCCGAGCGAGUUCGAACGGUGAAUCAAGGCUCGUUUUAUCGUAAAAUUGCACACUCGCGCGCCUAUUCAUCCGGAGCGAAAGGGGAGAGAAAAAGCGCGAGAGCGUAAGAAACAUCGUUGGCGGUUGGGGGCGGCGGCGGCGGCGGCGGGACGAAAGGUUCGCUGGGUCAGAGGGUUGUUACGGUGAAAGCGCGAAUGGGACAGGAGCAAACAGAGAAGAGACGUAAAGGGUGGUGAUAAGAGAAAAAGAAAGCUGCCAGCGAGCGAGGCGAAGGCCAGUUAUUUUUUUCUCUUUGCCAAACAACUUUUGAAAACAAAAAAUGGGAGCAGCUCGGAGGCUCGUGCUGGGUAGCGCGAUUCUGGGACUUUUCUGGAGCGGAUUGCCGAGGUACGGCGUUGCUACGGCCGAGAACGGCCAAUCGUCGAAAGCCUGUGAACCUGCGCCCUGCACCUGCGACGAUUACGGAAGGCUCACCUGCGAUUGCAAGGGCCAAGAGACGGAUCUGGUGCUAUCGUCAGAGGGAGAAACUCCGUUGAGUCCUCACACGAUGAGGAUAUCGGUGUCGAAUUGUCCGUCGGUGAUGCUGCGCAAUUCGAGCUUGUCUUCGAUGACGGGUCUGCGAGCGGUGGAUUUAACGAGGAUAGGAAAUUUGACACUGAUGACACAGAGCUUUCGUCUGGCUCGAGGGACGCUGAGGGCGCAGAUAUCGAUAAAAGACACGAGGAUCGAGACGCUGCCGUCGUUCGCGUUCCACGGGGACGUUGCGUCGAUGAGUUUCGAGAACGUAACGAUAGGAAGGGUGAACGCGUUCGCGUUUGCAAAUCUAGCGGACACGGAAACGCUGCGAUUGAAAGAUAGCAGAAUCGAGAGCAUGGAGGAGCAGGCGUUCAAGAAAUUCGACGUUAGUUAUUUGCACGUUGUCGGUGGCUCGUUGGGCGAGGAAGUGCCGAGUAGAACGAUGAACGACAUCGAGGUUGCGACGAGUUUCAUCCUCGACGGUGUGAGCAUGGGGACCGUGAGGAGUUCGGCUUUCGUCAUAAAGCGGCCAAAAACGGUAGCGAUACAGAAUUGCGUGAUAGAGAACCUCGAGGCUGAAGCGUUUGACGUGACAGCGAGAGGCGCGGUUAUAAUAAAGAACAAUAACUUUGGCACGCUCGGGCCGGGAGCUUUCCUGGGGAUAAGAGGCGACGCGGAAGCUCGUCCUUUCGCGGUCGCGGGCUCCGGUCGAACCUCCCUGCCGGACAUGAGUUUCACGAACAACAGCGUCGUAAAUUUCGAAGAGGGCUCGAUCAUGUUCGAUCGCAGCAGUUUCCGGCCGGUGCUUGAAAACGUUUACGUAAAUCGUAGCUGCGACUGUUCCCAGCUCGCUCUGUGGAAGAACAAUGUAUUGAACUACACCAAUUUGUACGGUAGAUUUUACAGCAACGAGAUGGGAGCGUUGACGGGAACGGUGGUGCAGGACUUGGAGCCGAUCGAGGAGAGCCCGGAGACCUUUCUGUGCAGCGACGAGACCCGGGACAAUUCGGCGACGAGCUUCGUCGAGUACGAAAUGAAAAAAUGCGCUUUGGGCAACUCGGUGAUGCUGUUCGCGCUCCUCGUCGUCGCUCUCGUCGUCGUCGUCGCCCUCGCGAUAUUUUGCCUCGUUUGGUGUUGCAGGCGACGACGAGAAAACGGCCCGAAGCGAUGGAUCAGCGUCCCGACCUCCGCCCCGGACGUUGUCACGUCCAAGAAAAACGGGCACAUCGGGAGGGACGCUAACAGCACCGGGAACCACGCUCCGGUCGACAGCAGAAUCACGAUGGUCGUUCCUGACGGGCGACUCUACAGGGAAACGGAGUUUCACGUAAUCGUCGAGAAAGCCGAACCUCUCACGACUGAAUUGUAACCAGAAGCCUCGCGCCCCUCGUCCUCCCGAUCCCGGAGAUCCUCUCGACGCAGAGACGAGCCCGAGGACUCGGACGACGAGGAAAAGCGCGAAUUCCGGGUUUACAGGCUAUGAGAAUACGAGAGACGCGUCUGAAUCGACCGCUUCGUUUCCCUCACCGAUCCCCCGAUCAUCCUCGACUACGAAACAACGAACCAGGACGCGCGCAAACCGUGCUCAAAUUCGCCCCCGAGGCCGAGAGACAAAGACUCUUAUCCGAUUAUUAAUAAACGCGAUUGAGGCGCCUCACUUAUUAUUGACAUUAUGCGAUAACUCACAAUGACGACAACUGAAACGAACUCUGAGCGACCAAGCUGCCAUUUUUACGUCCUGCACACCUCGUCAGGCUCGACUAAUCAAAUUGUUAAGAAAUUUCCGCCGCAGGAGAUUUCGUCAUAUGUACGUAUGAAAUAAAAUAACCGAAUGAAUGAUAAUCGAAUGAAUCGUGCGUGAGCAAGAGCAACUUUGCGGCCCUUUUGCACAAGGGAUUUUUAGAAAUUAGCUCAUAAACGACUAUCUAUUCUGUCGUACCAAUUGUACAGGCCCCUCAAGCUUCUAAACAGGGCGAUUAACGUCGUUCGGGUAAGGAAAAUAAAGGGGGCAACGCGAUCACACCAAUUUUCGGCGGGAAAUCAAAAGUGUGCGAAGAUUUUUCACUGAAAAAUCUUAAUUUUCUUAUGGAAACUCGUCGUCCGUAACUUAUUUAUUGAACCAUCGAGCUGCAUUAUUAUUUUUCGUUCGAACGAUGAUCGUCUCUGGUUCCAUUUUUGGACAUAUAAUCGGUACAGAAACGAGGCUCUCGAUCAUUCCUUUUUCAUGUGAAAAUAAAAUUGUCAUUUUUCUCCAAAUCGUUAGCGAAAGAGAGCGAGAGAAUAAGUGUUGUAUAGAAUCGUGCGAGCAGCAGCAGCAGUGCUUCGUCGUUAAAAAAUAGAAAGUGUAAAUACGUUCCGAAAUAGUGGAUCGUGCCGGACCCCCCAGCCACGGACGAUUCGCCGAUUUCUCAAGAGUUUCUUCGUUCGAGGGACGAACGAGGCCGAAAAAUGUCUUCAAUAAAAUUCUACGAUAUCGAAUCCGAAACUUUCUGAAUAUCUUUCUCAACGACCAAAAGGAUUACGAACGAUCAAUAAAAAGAUCGAGGCCUCCCGAAUGCAAAAAAUUCCGAAAUCUUUGCUAGUAUUUUUAGAAAAAUGAAAAACUGUCCGUCUCCGCUAUAAACUCAUGUUCCUAGGAUUUCAGAUAAAAACAAGCCGCCUCGGAGGAACUCAAAAAUUGAGUGAAAAGAAUUUAUCGAAUUGCGUAGCAGCGCAGCGACUUUGAAAAUUUAAAAUCAACGAAUUUAUCCGAACAAUCGCAUAUCACGACGCGUGUAUAUUCUCAAAAGUUUCUUUCGCGGUUUCGUAGAUUUAAUCGUACAUAUUUAGAGCUUUCAAAAAGGCGUUAAAUUAUUAGUAAGUGAAAGAGAGUGAAAGUGUGAGUGUUUUGGAGUUACACAACGAAUCGGCAAUAUUUUUGAGUACAAAAGGUGAUUCAGAGUUGUUCGUUUGAGGAAUAAUUUCGAGUAAAAUUGUAAAAACAAUGUGCCGAUAAAAGAGAAUGUGGCGUUUCAGGAAAAAAAGUCGUGUCGACCUGGACCAUCGACGAGACAACGAAUUUUCAUAAUUGCUAAUACUUCCGUUUCCCCUUAUGAAUUUAGUGUAACGAUAAAUAAAGCAAAGUUUAUUCCCCUUCCCUUCCGAAAAAUGAGAACAACGCAGGAUGGACGGAGUCACCGAUGAACCGGACGGAACAUCGAUGAAACAACGCGUUGCUUUUCAAUCGUAAAUAUCGAGCAAGCCCUAUGAAAUUUGCUUGUCGAACGUCGACAACGAUUAAGAAGAAAAGAGAGAUCUAAGCUAGUCAAGAAAAAGCUAUACAAAUACAUAUAAAUAAAUAAAUAUAUAUAUGAAACAAAAAAACCUAUUUUAAAACCCAUAAAAAACUUCGCAUGCGCGUCGUUCAUUUGUACAAAUAAAAUAAUGUCUUGGUUCAA